UACUUAACAACGAUUGGAUUGCUUUUUUCAUUCGUGGCAUUUGUUUUUGCUCUCUUGUACGACGUGUUCACAAAGUCUCGAGUCAUAUCAAUUCUGAAGACUGGAUUUAUGGUUGUGACUACUCCGCUUGAAGGAUUAAUUUCUAUUAUGUAUUGGGGCCUGAUAGCAUAUGAUGAAAAACUUCUUUUGGCUCCCGGAAAAUCAAGACUUCCAAUACUAGUAGAUGUUGGAUUCCAUUUGAUUCCUACUAUAUGUCUAUGGAUCGAUUUUCUAUUCUUCACAAAAGAAUUUAGGAAAUCUCAUAGUCAUAUUUUUUACAUACUCUGUUUUGCAUUUUCGUAUUCAGUUUGGAUUCAAAUCGGGUUUUAUGUGUAUGGGAUGUGGGUAAGUAUUAUUCAAGGAUUGGUCUGUGAUUUACAUUUCGUGUAUUACCAUGCUGACACGUUACCACGUGAUAUAAAACAAGCCCUAUCCGCUUUUAGCUAA